AUGAAUGGCUCUCUGGCAGGGUCCUCUGCCGCAAGUCUCGACGCAAUCGACUACGACCCCAUUGACCACCUCAACCUCCUGUUUUCGCAUCCGUCCGCCGUCUCGUCCAUAAGCCAAGUCUCUCAGGCACUCAAGCACCGCCAAGAUGAUCUUUCGUACGAAAUCAACACCCUCGAAUUGGCCCAGGCCUACGAACAGGACUCGAGCCUGGAGCGAAUGCGGUCCGCGCAGACGGAGCUUGCGCAGCUGUUUCGCAAGAUUGAGACGGUGCGGUCACGGGCGAUAGAGACGGAGCAGAACAUCACCUCGAUGACGGCGGACAUCAAGAGGCUGGACAAUACCAAGAAGAACCUGACGCUCAGCAUGACGGCGCUGAAGCGGCUGCAGAUGCUCACGACGGCGUACGAGCAGCUGAGGGGCCUUGCAAAGACGAGGCAGUAUCGGGAGUGUGCCGGCCUCUUGCAGGCGGUGCUGCAGCUGAUGAAGCACUUCAACAGCUACAGGAGCAUCGAGCAGAUCGCGACGCUGAGUCGGGAGGUGUCCGAGCUGCAGAGGGAGCUGCUGGAGCAGGUCUGCGAGGAUUUCGAAAUGGCCUUUACAAAGGGAGAGGUCAGUGCCAAGAGGGGAACCUUGGUGGAAGCCUGCCUCGUCAUGGACGCUCUGGGAGACUCGGCGAAAUCCAGGAUUGUCGGCUGGUACAUCAACACGGAGCUGCGAGAGUACCGCCAGGUAUUCCGGGGCAACGACGAGGCGGGUAAUCUAGACAACAUCGGACGAAGAUAUGCGUGGUUUAAGCGCAUGAUGAAGACGCACGAGGACGACCAUGCCGCCAUUUUCCCUCCGCACUGGCGCGUUAACGAGACUCUGGCCACUGCCUUUUGCGACGGCACGCGGGAUGACUUCAAGGGCAUCCUGGAGCGUAGCAUGCGGCGCCCAGACGGCAACAAGAUUGACGUCAACCUGCUUCUCGCGUGCUUGCAAGAAACGCUCAAUUUCGAACAGAGCCUGGAGAAGCACUUCUCCAACGACCCAAGGGCCAGCAUCGACACGCUAAGCUCGACGGAGGAGAAGUCGCAGACAUUCAAUGGGCUGAUAUCGGUGGCCUUUGAGCCCUAUCUGAGCCUCUGGGUCGAGUCGCAGGACAAGCAGCUGGCCGCCAUGAUACCCAAGUACCGCACGCAGCCACUCAUCCCCCCCGAGGAAGAAUUCACGCCACAGGCCGUCAUUUCCUCGGCUCUGGAACUUUUCCAUUUCUACAAACUAACUCUAUCCCAAUGCGCGAAGCUAUCCACGAGCGACCGCCUGUUGGAUCUCUCAAAGACACUGGCCAAAUACUUGGACGAGUAUGCCCAGCAGGUACUGCUACGGAAACUGCAGUCGACCGGGCAGAAGGGUCCAUCCAUGCAGGACGCCGUCAUGGUCCUGAAUACGGCGGAUUUCUGGCACAUCAAUACGAACCAACUGGAGGAGAACAUCAAGAAGCGCAUCGACUCGGAGCUGGUGUCCAAGGUCGACCUAUCGUCACAGUCAGACGCUUUCCUGGGUGUGGCGAGCGCCGCCGUGCUGGCUUUGGUACGCAUUGUUGAGGUGGACUGCGAGGGCGUCUGGCGGGAGAUGAAGAAUACAAACUGGAGCACCAUGGACAGCGCAGGCGACCAGAGCUCUUGGGUGGGUGAGCUCGUCAAACAUGUCAACGACAAGACGGAGGAGAUUCUGGCCAUUGUUACCAAGCAGCAGUACGCAAGAGCGUUCUGCGACAACCUGGUGGAUCAUCUGGUGACGGCCUUUAUCAACAAUAUUGUCCAGUGUCGGCCGAUAUCCGAGGUUGGGGCACAGCAGAUGCUCGUUGACAAGUAUGCACUCACAAAGUCGUUUGGGAACCUGCUGUCCUAUCACAACCCAUCGCCAGCGCAGCAAGCACCGUCCGCUACGUUUGUGAGGAGAGUCGAGCAAAGCAUGAAUCGGAUGGACCCUCUGCUCAAGACACUGCAAGUUCGCCAAUCGCCUCCGGAAGGCCUUGUGCAGGCGUACCUCAUUCACAUUGCAGAUCGCUCAGAUACAAACUUCAAGAAGAUCCUGGAUCUCAAGGGGGUGCGCAAGAUGGACCAGGUUCACCUGAUUGAGCUGUUUGGCAUCCACCGCGACAGCAGCUCCAAUGAGAAACUCGCACAAAACUCGCCGCUCCUGACGCCAUUGAUGCUGACGUCGAGUCUCAGCAGCACUGGUGCCAUGGGCGCAAUCAACACUGCUUCAUCUUCAUUGGGAGGCGGCUCAGCAGCAAGGUUCGACGCGGGGUCGUUGGGCGAGAAGCUGCUGAGCGCGGCGAGGGACAUUAGCAACACUGGGCAAAGCGGCUCAGACAAGGCCACGAUCAAUGAAAAUCUGAGAAAUUUUGGAAAGUUCUUCAAACGAGAUAUAAGCGGCCUUGGGCUCAAGUUUGGCAUGCGCGACGGCACCGAGGACGGGCAGCGAUGA